GCUGCCUAAAGCGGCUCUCCUGGCUCCAAGCUAACCGACUUUAGUCAAUGGAGCUCCGGGCCGGCUACUGGAAAAGCCCCCGGAGGCCCCGAAGCUACAGCAGCCUGGUAUACGAGAAAGGCGGAUUUUGAUGCAGUUCCACUAGCCGAAAAGUGUAUGUUUUUUAUGAGCCGGAUUAUGGGGAACUUUUUAGGAGGAAGCUUCGCGAAACGGUUAGCCGCCAUAUGCUAACUAGCUCGGCGAAGUUAGCCUCGCUAGCCGGCUCGUAAAUGUUCAUUUUCUCCCGUUUCUCAUUCCGACGGUCGCAGAGACGUGUGACACGGACUGGUUUACACUGAAUUCCGCGCUCCGACGCUAAAGUCUCCCUUUUGUUUUGUCGCUAUCAACGGCCGCGUCGUCGUCGUCGCUCCUCCUCCCGGUAAUGUUCGAAAUGGAGACCCACGUCUCGUGCCUUUUCCCCGAGAUCCUGGCCAUCAUCUUCAGCUACCUGGACGUGAAAGACAAGGGCCGGGUGGCCCAAGUGUGCGCGGCCUGGAGGGACGCGUCGUACCACAAGUCGGUGUGGCGGGGGGUGGAAGCCAAGCUGCACCUCCGCCGGGCCAACCCGUCCCUCUUCCCGAGCCUGCAGACCCGAGGGAUCAAAAAGGUCCAGAUCCUGAGCCUGAGGCGCAGCCUGAGCUACGUGAUCCAGGGCAUGUCCCACAUCGAGAGCCUGAACCUGUGCGGCUGCUUCAACCUGACCGACAACGGGCUGGGUCACGCCUUCGUGCGGGACAUCCCGUCGCUGCGGGUGCUCAACCUCAGCCUCUGCAAGCAGAUCAGCGACUCCAGCCUGGGCCGCAUCGCCGAGUACCUGAAGAACUUGGAGGUUCUGGAGCUGGGCGGCUGCAGCAACAUCACCAACACGGGGCUCCACCUGGUGGCCUGGGGCCUGCACCGGCUCAAGAGCCUCAACCUGCGCAGCUGCCGCCACGUGUCGGACGUGGGCAUCGGGCACCUGUCGGGCGUGACGCGCGGCACCGCCGAGGGCUGCCUGGCGCUGGAGAAGCUCACCCUGCAGGACUGCCAGAAGCUGACGGACCUGUCGCUCAAGCACGUGGCCAAGGGCCUGGGCGGGCUCAAGGUGCUCAACCUGAGCUUCUGCGGCGGCAUCUCGGACGCCGGCAUGAUCCACGUGUCGCGCAUGAGCCGCCUGGGCAGCCUCAACCUGCGCUCGUGCGACAACAUCAGCGACACGGGCAUCAUGCACCUGGCCACGGGCUCGCUGCGCCUGUCGGGCUUGGACGUGUCCUUCUGCGACAAGAUCGGCGACCAGAGCCUGGCGUACGUGGCGCAGGGCCUCUACCGCCUCAAGUCGCUGUCGCUGUGCUCGUGCCACGUGAGCGACGACGGCGUCGACCGCAUGGUGAGGCACAUGCACGAGCUCAAGACGCUCAACAUCGGCCAGUGCGUGCGCAUCACCGACCGGGGCCUGGAGCUCAUCGCCGACCACCUGACGCAGCUCGCCGGCAUCGACCUGUACGGCUGCACCAAGAUCACCAAGCGGGGCCUGGAGAGGAUCACGCAGCUGCCCUGCCUCAAGGUGCUCAACCUGGGCUUGUGGCAGAUGACGGACAGCGAGCGCGUCAGGUGAAAAGGAAAGAAGGAAGGAAGGAAGGGACGCCCGACCGACUUACUUCGGUGGUUCUGGUUCUGGGUCUCCGCCUCCCGUUGCCCGCUCCGGCGCAUUCCAAAAACCGUGUUCGGCUCGUUGAAGGCUCUUCUUGACUGUCCAAAUGUUGUUUUUUUUUUUAACCCUUUUCACAAUAAGGACAUGUGUCCCGCUGUCAAAGGUUCAGGGUUUGAAUCUCAUCAAUGACUUCCCCGGUAGUCUUUUUUUUUUUUUUUUAACAACUUCAUUCGUUUCAAAAUACGAGUCUCAUCGGCCGGGAUAAACUCGGGCGGACGGCCAGCCUUGCAAACGUGAAAUUCGGUUUUGCCUCUCCCAAAAAUAUUUCCAAUAUCUGGUAAUGUAAAUCUUUGACCUGCAACAUCGUUUCCCCGAGACUUUUGCAAUUUAUGUGUUCGGGGUUUCUCGUUACAUAUCUAAAAUUCGUACGCGGGUAUCUGGAACACUUGUUUGAGAUCCAUAAUUCUUUUAAUUACGGUCUGAGAUUUAACGUCAUUCACCCCAAUUUAAAGGCAUAUACACGCACGUCCCUUUUCAGAUAUCUUGUGCGGUUUUAAAGAGGCAAAAUGAAGUUGUAGGUAGCUGCGACUGCAAUUACGAUGAGUCAGACUCAAAUUGUAGAUGUCUUAAACUGCAAGAACUCAUUUGUUGCCGAUCAACUACUCACAAACAUGUUGAAUUCCAAUUUCUCAAAAUGUAAUUACUUGGUCGAGUCAGGAAAACUUUGUUGCUAUCGACUACGGUAAACGCGGAGAGUCAAAAUGAUCUUUUAAAAGUGAAGAAGGCUCGCCGGGAUCUUGACGUGGAAACGCAGCAAGGAAAAUGGAUCCAAUGGUGCACGGGUGUCAAACUCAUUGUUGUCACGGGCCACGUCGUCGUUACGAUUUCCCUCUCAGGCCCGUUACGAUGAAACCAGAGAAAUCAUGAAUCGUGAUACAUUCAAUUUAUGAACUACUUUUGUAAUCAGAAAUCAAGUGUAAUGGGUUUUUCAAACAUUCUUCAUGUUUGGUAACAAAAAUAUCUAUCAUUUAUGAUAUAUGACAAUUUGAAAUGUUGGGACACAUUUUCAAAAGAGUCACAGACUUUGACGCCGAUGAUUUGCCUUCGCGGGCCGCAUAAAAUUAUGUGGCGGGCCGGAUCUGCCCCCCCCCCCGGGCCUCGGGUUUGACACCAGUGCGCUCGCGGUUACAGCAGGUGUGCCUCGGAGUCAAAUGUUCAGGGUUCGAUCGCCACCUCUUGCCUUCCCGCGUGGAGUUUGCACGCACUUGUGUGGGUUUCCCGCAGGUGAUCCAACUGACUCCCGCCCACUUUCAAAAAAUUUUUCCAUAUUCGCUUGCAUAUCCCCGUUUGUCCCUCUGCGCUCCGAUUGGCCGGCGACCAGUCAAGGGCGUGCCCCGCCUCUCGCCCCAAAUCUGCCACAGCGACUUUUGUGUGUCUCGAUGUUUCGCUACCUCACACACACACACAGCAGUGCCUACAGCGCAGUACUAAAAAUGACGACGUCUAUUUUUGCAACCCCAGCACUAAUCCUGCUUUUUAUACAAGUUAAAAAAAAAAUUAAAAAUCGUGGUAAUAAUAACACAUAGGCAUUUUCAUUCUUAAGGCUGCUGUAGCUGCUGGAAUUUUUACUCCUUUACUGGCUUGGCUGAUGUAUAUUUUGGGUAUUGAAUAUUUUUGUACUUCAAAUUGAAGUUGUUUUAAAAUGAACAUGUACAAGGCAAUGACAAAGGAAAAAAAAAAAAACCUACCACAGUACUGCCGCCUAGUGGUUGACAGCUGCAAAGGCUUUUAUGCAAUUAAGUAAAAAAAUGUAUUAAAUCUCAUUAGUGUAUUUUUCUCAUUAAGGAGUUUUUUUGGGCUCGAGAGUAGUAUUUGUUUUUAAAGAAUGAAAAAAAUAACAGUAAUUUAAGAUGUUUUAUAUUCAUACUGUAGCGCUAUUUAUGA